AUGCUGGACGAUAGAUUAAGACUUCAGGGAAGCAAUUUCAUAGAUGUCCAGACACUUGAACGUCUCAAGAAACUGUCCUCAGUAGCAUCCCGAGACGAACACCCAGAGGGGGAAUCACAGAAGGAGGAUACACAGGCCAACCCCAACACACAACAAGACCUUGCUGCUCUUUAUGAAAAGUUCUACCAAUUGAUUAUCACGAUGAGCAAAACUGUUUUAGACAUACAAAGCUGCCUCAGCCUCCAGGGACAAUGCAACACCAACAAGAGUAGCAGCAAGACCAGCAGGACCUCCAGGAUGCACAGAUUUGUGAAUUGUGCGACAUGGCAUGGAAGGCCGCUGAAAGCAGACAUUGAAAUUGACAAAGCACAGAGACUGGAGCAAUUGAGCCAGACAAAUGAUGAUGAUUCUCUUCCAGUGGGGAAAUCCGUGCCUACUUCAAAAGAAGUGGUUGUUGAUGAACAACAAACUCAACCACAAGCACAUGGAACGAAUAUCUCAACAACAGAAAAGAAGAGAUCCCAUCAAGAUUCCACCGGCCGGGAUUCAGUUGUGACAUCCACCUAUACCAGAAGGUCGAGAAGCACUGGUACCAGGAAAAGGAAAGUAUUGAAAGACCCAACUAUCCCACACUUUAACUUGGGUAUCUUCUCCAGUCAGGAAGACAGUUACGAGACAAGCCAGGAGAAGAACACCGAGGAAGAUAUCAUAGGAAGUGUUGAUUUGGAUAAAGAUGUUGAUGAGACUAUAGAAGCAGAAGAAUAUCCAGUACCAUCUGCACUCGACGAAACAAAGAAUCCCACUCCUUCCAGCGAUGAAAUCAUAAGAAGGGCCAGUGCACCAGCUUCAAAAUCAUUAAGUGAUACCAAAAAACUAGAGAUGAUUGCCGCUGCUUCAGAAGAAGUUGUGAAGAACUCAAAGGUGGUUGAAGCAGUCCCUAUAAGCAUAAUUCCACCCGAUUGGAAUAUUGCUUCUACCACGGGUGGUCUACUGAUGCUGGAGAAAAAUGAGUGUACCGCGCCACCACCUGCAAUCUCAAAGGAAGCUGAUGAACUUGAUGAAAAGUUAACAAAGACAGUGGAAAAGAUCCUCAAUGAAAAACCUAAGAGAAGAAAUCCAGCCAGAGUCCGCCGGUUGCCCGAACGGUUCAGGAAACUCUUGUUUGAAUUUGGAAAAAUAGUUUGGGCAGACAGGACAACAUUCUAUUCCAUGAGGGAAGGGACAUGGAUAGAAAACAGCAUCAUAGAUGCUUGGGCUGUCAUCCUAAACAAAGAAGAAGCUAAGAGUGACGCCCAAGACGGAUAUUCUUUGGUGUUUCGUCAUUUUAACAAUGAGGAAAUCGAGUUCACAUUCUAUGAGAGGUUGGGUCUUGAACUAGAAGAACAAGACCUUACUGUAGCAUCCCUGUUAGUGGCAAAAGUUUUUCAGUUCUUCAAAAGCUAUGUUGCAUGCGUGUUUCCACACAUAGAACUGGACAGUACUCAAUACACCUUCACAGAGGUUACACUACCAUCACAUAAAGACAAAAUGCCGAAUGCGGAAGAUUGUGGAAUAUACACAAUGCACCACAUAGAGCGGUAUGAUGGUGGUGAGUACGAGGAUGGUACUGCUUUGGAUUUCAACACAAGAAACAUCAAAGAGUACCGGUGGAAAUACAUGAUAAAAAUCCUAAUGCACCCAGUCAACAAAAAUAAGGACAAAAUCCUCGAAGCAAUGCACCAGUUCUAUACAAAUACUGCUGAAGAAGAACAAAAAGAAAUUCCAGAUCAUGUUGACUUGAGCAGCAAAUCUUACUACAAUGACAGAAAAAUUGAGGGAUGGGUUAAGUGA